ACAGGGACAUUAAGAUUAGAGUAGCAAAACUGUAUUCUGUUCACUUGUCUACAUUUCCAAUACAGCAUUUGGCAAGUCUACAGUAAAGAGUCAGUCACAGUUUAUUUUCAAUUAUUUCCUAAUGUCUGUGCUGAAAAAAAUCGAAAAAAGACAGAAAUGACCAGGGGAGCUGACAGACAGAGGGCGCCCAGGAUAUGAGGAAGAAUAAAAUCAAGAAACAGCACAACUCAAGUCCUCCUCAAACCUUCCCACCAUUCCAUGUAAUUCAGUCCGUCGAUAGUGAAAGGUCGUCCCUUUUGGUCAUUCUACGGCCGUGCCGAGAAAGGAGUUUAACUUGUCAAAUACAGACGGAGUCAGCAUUUACGUGGAAAAAGUAGGAAGAAGCGAACACUUAAACCCCGCAGCCUAAAGAAAAAUAUUCACCCUAUUCCACGAAUACCAAACGAAUUCCACAGUUGUCAUAGACUUCAAGUGUUAUAUUUUUCACAAACAGUUUGUUCGAAAGCUGAACAGAUCGCGACGUUUUCCUUUUUUUCGGUGGAAGUGAGGUCAGGUUCCUCUUGCAUCUUAGCUGAAUCUGGACAUCCGGAGCCCUUCCCAACCCCUGAAUAUUGAGGUGUGUAAAAGUUCCAAAUGUCGUCCAAAAUGCAGAGCUCAAAUAACAUCGCCCAGGCCAGGAGGACUGUUCAGCAGCUCAGAAUAGAGGCCAGCAUCGAGAGGAUAAAGGUGUCGAAGGCAUCUGCAGACCUCAUGCACUACUGCGGGGAGCACGCCAAGUACGACCCUCUUCUCAUGGGGAUCCCAGCCUCAGAAAACCCCUUCAAGGAUAAGAAGCCCUGCACCAUUCUGUAGCCUGGAGUCGCUGCAUCCUUUUAACUGUUUUUUUUUUUUUUUUUUUAAUUAUGUGACAGAUACAUUCAGUUAACAACAAAAGGUUUAUAUAUACUACUCAUUUGGAAAAAAGGCAUCUAACUGUCAGUUGGAAGGUUCCCCGGAACUUUGCCCAUCUUAUCAGACAGAAACAGUUGCAUUUUAUCAUUACUCCCUCCACCACAGUGCCACCCUUUCUUCUUUUGUUUGUCCUCAUAGUUGUCUGAUUUGCAGCCCCCCCCCCCCCCAUUCAUUUCAUAUGAAAGACACAGUGGAACUUUCUCUCGUGUGACCAGAUAAUUAAUUCAAGCAGUCACAAAGUCAGAGAAAAGGAAAGAGAUAAAAUAAGACAGAGAAUGAGAGAGAGGGGUAGGGUUAGUGCAAAGGUCAUGUGCAUUGAGGCAGCUGAACUCUAAAGGCUGGUGUGUGUUGGGGGGGGGGGGGGGGGGG